UGCUGAAGCCGAUGCAUGUUUGCAGGUAUGUGCAGCUGGUGACCACAGUGAUUAACAAUUGCACUGAAGCGGAAUUGUGUCUUUUGGUCUUGGGUGUCAUUUCAGAGGAAACAUGACUUAUGAGUUCCUACAGCCUCAUGACAGUUCAGGCGUUACUACAAACUGCAGCCACUGACAGGAAAAUAGACAGCUUCACUCUAGAAGUAAUUUUCUAGUCAUUUUUGAUCUAUAUUAUUGAAGGAUUACACCUUUUUUGUCUUUAGGGGGCGUGAACAGACUCUGUGACAUCAGAGACCUCCUUGCUGGUGAAAUUUGCUGCUGCUGCAGCUCCACUCUCAUCCUCUCGAAGCGCAGCCCUGAUGAUCACCCUGACCUGAACCCAUUUAAUCCACAGUCAUUUUUGCUUUGCCUAACAGGGUCUCGACUCAUCUUCCGUUCCCUCCCAGAGCCCGUCCUCCUGCGCCACAGCAGCAGCUGCAGCCAGUGCGCGCUGCUUCAACCGGACAUCAGACUUAAGUUAAGCAGACUCUGCAAGACGACUUCUCAGACACAAACCAGGAAGGAAACCUGCCCAGCAAGGUGCAAACUUCCUCCCAUCCGCGACGGAACCCCCCCUGUCUUUAGUUCUGACGGAUAUAGAUGCGCCCUCUCGACUAGAGCGCGCAGGAGGAGCGCGUUUGGCACCAUGGCGGCUUCUGUGGCAGAUGGGCACAGGAGGGAUUUUACCAAUAAAGAUGAUAAGAGGGUGUGGAACAGCUCAGGUCAUCUACAGUGCAAACCCAUGCGCUUACCAGCUCUGGGAACCCAAAGGAUCAUCCAGGGCAACGGGACCAAUGUGGGGACUGUCAUUUCCCUGCAGUGUCCAGCCAAGCACAAACUGAUGGGCAAAGAGCUGACUUGUGUCUUGGACUCCAACAGCACCCACUGGGCUGGAUGGGAGCCUUUCUGUAAACCUCUGACUCCCUUUGAGGAACACGGCUUCCGUGUCGCCAUCCUGGUGUCCAUUGUAAGCUCAGCCAUCAUCUUGUUCAUGUCCUUGGCCUUCAUCACCUGCUGCUUACUCGACUGCAUGAAAGAGGACAGAAAGAAACAGCAGGACAGGGAAUUGGAUGCAUGGCAACAAGAGGAGCAACGCCAACAUCAGGAGGACAGUAGAACCCGUGACAGUCACAAAGGCAGAAACAACAACAACAAUAACGCACAGGAGAAGAUGCUUCCACUGUGGGACCCCAUUAAUCCCUCUUUAGGCAUCAACAUGCAACCCUGCAGAUAUCACAAUCAGUAUGUUUACGGUCCAGAGGCCUGCACUUGUGGACCUCCACAAGCUCAGCUUCCUGGACAUGUCUAUACCCGGCUUCUGUCAUCUGAAAACCAACAAUUGUGUCCACCUUCAUAUCCAGGACCUUCUUUGGCAUCUUGUUUGCCCACAAGCUCGGGCUUGUCCCAGGUCCCCGCGCCGGGACCUCCAACGGUGUGGCAGUAUGGAGAACACCACAGCAGUUUUUCAGAACUGAUUCCAGCGAGUACAAGCGGAUCCGACCUGAGGAAUACAAACUCAAACCAGAACGUGAAGCCCAACCAGCUUUCCAUCAGGAUUAUAUCAGUAUGACUGAAAACCGUCAAUGUUCUCCCUAAAAGACAAAUCUCCAGAAGCUGUGGGAUCUAUGUCCAGGAGCUAUGCGAAUUUCAACUACAUCAGCGGGAUUUGUCAAAAAUGUUCAUGUCUGUGGUGCAGUUCACUACAACAGCUCUACAGGCAAAGGUGUGACAGACAGACCUGCUGCACGUGCCUUAUGUGAUCUGUUCUGACACGCUGCUGCCCUCUGGUGGUGAAGAGAAGACAUAGCUUUUAUGGAGCACCAGACGAAGUUAUACAUUGCUAUUUUUAAUGUUAUUUUAAAGGUUUCUGCUUGAAUUAAAUUGAUAUUCAAUAAUUAUUGCUAAUUUUAUAUGUAGACAAUUAUUCAUAGAACCUUGUAGUCCAUUUUUUUAAGUCUAGACAAUCUGUAUAAUAUCAGGUAUGAAAAAAAUGAAGAAAAAAUAAAUUUAGUCCUCCUAAAGAUAAAAA